AUGGCGACUAAUACAUCGAGAAUCAUUGAUUUGGAGGCACAAAUGGCAGAUGUUCAGCUCAAGAUGGUUUCUCAACACCAAGAGUUGAAAGACGCCAUUGCGGCGUUGGCUGCUUCGACGAAGGACCACAUCGACACCAUGGCCGCAUCCUUCAGUUGGAGUCGCGCAGAUCACCGAUUCAUUCUCCGCACUCUCAAACUCAAUGUCAUUGUUGCUUUCAAUCAACUUCGGCUGACAUCGACGGUGUCUCGCUAUCAGGAGGACUUCAAAGAUCUCCGUUCACGGAUGUUGAGAUUGAAUCCUGAUCUCAACGAAUACUACUUCAUUAUGAGUUUUCUGGGAGGCCUCGAGUACGAAAUCCAGCCCCGCGUUCAGGUGCUAAAUCCCCCUACUCUGGCUUGCACUUUCUAUCAAGCUCAAUUGGAAGAAUAUGCUAUUGAGGCUCGCAAAAGUAAGUUUCGUUCUGUUCCUCCUAGUCGUGGUGCUGUUUCAGUUCCAGUUUCAUCUAGCAAGUCUUUUCCAAAUGAGUCCCCGCUGCCUUCGCAUUCUUCUCAGGAUCGCAGUUCUAUUCCUCGCAGGAAAGGGCUUUGCUACAAGUGUGGGGAUAAGUUUUUCCACGACCAUGUUUGUUCCAAGAAGAAGCACUUACAGAUGAUGCAGGCAGAUGCUUCUUUCUCCCACAGUGACGAUGAUGAAGGGGAGGACGAGUUUCAGGAUGCGAAAUUAGAGGUCUCUUUGCAGUCAAUGGGUACGGGUUUAUCUGGGAAUUCUCUGUUGAUUCCAGCAACUUAG